UAAGCAGAUUUCGAUAGUUCCGUGAAAAGUAAAAUUACAUAACAAUGUUUGAAGGGGCAGUUGCCGCGAUACUUAAUCGGUUUUUGGGAAAGUAUGUCGAAGAUUUGGAUACAGAAGAUUUUAAUGUAGGAAUUUUUUCUGGCGAUACAUGCCUUACGGAUCUAAGACUCAAGCCAGAAGCCUUGUAUCAACUUGGCCUACCUAUCAGAGUCGAGCUUGGAUUAAUAGGGAAGAUAUCGUUAAAAAUACCAUGGGCUGGACUAUUUUCUCAACCUAUUAUCCUGUGUGUCGAGGAUAUGUACAUAGUGGCAGUUUCAGAAGUCUUUGGAAGUUACGAUUCCGAAGUACACAAGCGAUUAAUCAGAGCAGCAAAGAAAAAAGUAUUGGAAGAUCUUGAAGGAGAAGCUCUUUUGGGACCUGGUUUUCCCUCCGGGAUUUUCGACAACUUCUUAUCCUCUCUUGUGAAGAACUUUCAAAUCACUGUAAACAAUGUGCACGUAAGAUAUGAGGAAAGAGUUUCAAGAAAAGUACAAAGCGCUUGCGGAAUCUGUAUGCAGAGUUUAACAAUGGCUACCACGAACAAUAAAUGGAAACCUGGCGUCACACCUACGAACUCAACAACCAUUUAUCAAUUAAUAAGAGUCGAAUCUUUUUGCAUUUACAUGGAUCCGAGUGCAGAAACUUCUUUACAAAGUGACCCUUCCACUUGGGAUUUUGAUUUCUUGCUCGACUGGAAGGACAAGAUGCGUCGAUCUCUUCAAACAUUUGGUUUGAAUGAUCAGGAGUUUCAAUUUUUGGUAAAACCCUUUACAACAAAAAUAAAGAUGAUCAUCAGCAAGGCAACGGAAACGCGGGAUUCGCGAAUGCUAGUUGAUAUUGUUUUACAAGAUGUUGCAAUGCAAGUUUCAAAAGACCAAUACAUCACCUUCCUUAGACUUUAUGAUACGCUUCACCGGGCAACUGUGAGCAGGCACAAUAAAAAGCACCAACCGAACUGCACGGCUCAAGAAAAUCCAAAAUCUUGGUGGAAAUAUGCGCAUCGCGUUGUCCUAGAACAAAACGUCCAACCCUACACCUGGAGACGAAUUCAAGCCCACAGAACAAACUACAAACGUUACAAAGAAGCUUUCACACAGACUCUCCUCAAACCAAACGAUACUGAAUUAAAAAUGGAUUUGCAAAAAUACGAAGAUACUCUGUCAAUCCUUAAUAUCGUCAUUGCCCGAGAACACGCAAAAAUUGAACUGAAAAAUAAAAACCCCGACCUUGUCACAGUAGAAGCUGAAGAAUCGACGGUCAAAUUGGUAGUCAAAAGUGAAAUUAAACCUCAAGAGACUAAUAAAAAAAACGGAAAAUUUCUUGGGUUCGAUUGCAACGAAUUAGACGGGAAAGAAAAAAGCGAGAAAAUCACGACGUUUUUAGAUCACAAAUACAAUUUCACUUUAGCGAAUUAUUCACUGAGUCUGAUGAACAACGACAAGGAAGUACUAGUUUUAUCAAUGACUCAGUUUCUUGCUAGUAUUGAAAAACACCCUGAAUUGUCUACUUAUAAAAUCUCGACUAGGGCCGAAAGUUUUGUUAUUGAGGGAGUUUCUUCCGAAAACGAACUGGUUCCCUUAGUUACAGCAGAUAAUGUUUUAACAGGAAGUACGGCCCCAAAUUUUUUGGCAAUAGAUUUUGAAAAAAAGCCACUGAAUUCGGAUUUUAAUUACGAUAUAUCUGUAUCUAUGGAACCAAUCGAAGCAACUUAUCAUCAUUAUGCAGUAUCAGAAAUAAUCAACUUUUUUAAAAUCAACGAAGCUCACGUUCGAGAAACAACAUCCUCUGCGUAUAGAAUGUGUUCGGGAAUAAAGAGAAAAAUUGAGAAAUUAUUCAAUCGUGUUUUAGCCCGACAUUUGAGGAUCAAUUUGAAAAUCGAUGUCAAAGGCCCUUACAUUGUUUUUCCACAACAUGGAGCACUUCAAAAGGAAGGGUAUGUACUUCUUCUUGAUACUGGCAGAAUGACGUUGAGGACUGAAUUGCAAGCACCCGAUGCACAAUUGGAAGAUGCUACUCUCAUGGAGUUGGAAGAAUUACUUUACGAUCGGCUUCAUUUGGUAUUUACGGAUGGCCAAGUUCUUCUUUGCCACACUGGAGACGACUGGCGGGAUAUAAGAAGGCGGAAAGAAUCUGAGAAUCAUUUGGUACCAAAAUUACAUGCGAAUGUCACCGUUUCUUCUAGCAUCAAACCCGAGUACCGGGUAUUACCCAGAAUGAAAGUAAACGUAUCGGUAUCGCAAUUGAAGUUUAAUUUGUCAGAGGGCAGAUUACGAUCUCUCGUAGACUUUUUAAAUCUCCUGUCAAUCCCAAGUCAGGACGAUAUCGAAGCUAUGAAAUCGAGCUAUCUGGAAAGUGUGAAACAGCCCAGACCUGAUUUCUUCCCUGAUAAUUUAAUCAGGGUACGUUCAGUUGUUGCUUUGUCUUCGACAGUUCUAUCGCACAAAAAACCCCCCCGCAUUACAAGAGAUCUUCCAAACUGCGCUAAAUUGGAAAAAGAAAGAAGCGUGAUAUCGUCUGAGAUAAGUGAAGAGGAUUUGGAGCAACUGUUUAGAAUGACAAAUGUAUCCGGUUUUGAUGAUAUUGUCUCCCCACAAAAUCGAAUUAAUCUGCUCCUGAGAUUCGUAAUUGGCGAGCUUUCUUUUCACUUUGGCUACAUCACAGCCACUGGCAGACAAAAGCCCUAUUUGAUUUUAAAAUUCUGUACGCUAUAUUUUGAAUCGGCUAUCAUGGAAUAUGGAUUCGCUCUACAAUCUGGCAUUGGCACCAUUCUUUUAGCCGAUAAAACUGAGGCUGGUGUGACGGGAUCAUACCUCGAAUUAAUCUCUACUGAUGGAUCCUGCGAAGUAUUUUCUGUUUCGUAUCGAAAGGUCAAAGCCAACUGCCCAGACUUUAAAUCGCAUUUUAGAAAUGUGGAGCGGUCGUUGACUGUCAACAUCAUGAGUUUGAAUGUUGUGUUUCAUAGACAGGCGUUUAUGAAACUCAAUAGUUAUUGUGCCAACUUGUACAAAACAUGUUAUAGCGAGAAUAUUCAAAAUAUUGAGGCUAUGGUUAAACGGAAUGCGGUUCUUUUCAUCAAGACUGAAUGCGAUCCCCCUAUUCCGCCUGGUGCUAUAAAACUCAGUUACUCGAUUAGACUGAACACGUUUAUCCUGAAACUCUGCAGUAAAGAUGCAGAUUUUUUGGUUUUUAAAAUCAUGGGAGUGGAGAAUGAUUGUAUUUACAAUGUCAAUGAAAGAAUGAUGUUAAGAGCACAUCUGACAAGUUUAUCCAUUGAGGAUUUGGGCCAUAUCACUCUUUAUUCUAAGAUUUUGACAAACGAGGAUGACAAAGUGUUCGACCUAAAAUAUGUGAGACACACCCCAAAACCAUACAAGUGUUCGGAACUCGACACGAAUAAUGAAAAAGUCAUGUCCGAUGGAAGUUUUAAACUUUCCAUUGGUAGGAUAAACUGUGUUUUCAUAUCAAAAAUUCUCUCCGAUUGCCAGCAUUUUCUGAAUCCAUUUGUUAGUUUCCUACGACCAAGACUCGCCGGAUAUUUAAGAAAUUUUUUCUUCUGGAGUAUUGCUGAGUUUAUGAGAAGCGAAAUUAAACUUCAGGUCUCAAUUGAUCUUCAAGGGCCUACUUUUCUUCUUCCGCAAAAGAAAGACUAUCCGAAUCUUUUGGUAUUCGACAUAGGUACUUUGACAAUUGAAAACUUUCUAAAAACGAGCGAACUGGUGAAACAUGUAAAGAUUAAUAACGAAUCAAAUAUUUGUGUGAUUGAUAAUAUUUUGAUAAAACUCAAUUCGAUGACAUUAUCAAGAGCCAUCAUGACUCUUGGUGGAAAUUUGGAAAUUCAAGAACCUAUCGUUGAACCAAUGCAACUUCGUUUCGACAUAAAACGAAAAAUAGUGGAUCGUAAAGUCGUGGGUCGUCAAAGGCACGAUCAGUGUUUGUGUCACAUUCAAGGUUCGUUAGAUACGAUAACAAUGAAUUUAGGACAAAAAGAUCUCGCCUCGGUUUUCACCAUCUGGGAAGACAACUUGUCAAAAACAUUCCUAGCAAGAAAAAUCUUGGGAUUUGAUGCAGAUUCUUUAAAAAAGAAAAUUGCCAAAAAUGAAGACGCAAUAGUAAAGAAGUUGGAAGAAUUCUUCUCACAAAAUGAACAUCCGGUGUGCGAAAUCAAUUUGAGAGUGAUUUUAGAUGGGUUGCAACUGAAUUUAUUCUCAGACACAGAGGAGGUUUUAAGCUCGCCUGUGCGAGAUUUGAAUCAUGGAUUGUGUAAGCUCGUUUUUGGAGAAAUGAGUACUUCAUUAGAACUUUUCAAUAAUAAGAGCCUGUCGAUAAAAGUCUCUGUCCGAAGCUGUGAAUUGGAAGACAUGCGCAAAAGGGCAGCUAUUGUUAAAAAAAUAAUUCAAUCACCGGCCAAAAGAAUGGGAAUUAAUUCCGAUUCAGGAGUUUACAUAUCGAUGCCUCCAGCGCUGGAUUUUUCCUUCACCAGGACAUCGACAGGAGAUACGUGUUUAGAUAUGCUCGUGGAGGAGUCACGAGUCAAUUUGUGUGUACCAUUUUUGUUAGAUUUAGGCCAAUAUUUUCUGGAUUCGAUACCUGGUGAACAAAUCGACGAAGGGGUCGUUAACGAGGGUUAUGAGUGUAACGACCAUGAAGUUUCAGUCGAUACAGAGCAGGAGUACCGAAGUUCGCUAGAUCUUAGUCUGAUCGCAGAAGAACAAUCAGGUUCAUCAAUUUCAAUAAGAGUCCGAAAACCAGAGCUGCUCCUCUUCAGCGAUCUGAGUGCUAGUAACGCCCAUGCAAUUUUAUUCCAAGCAGAAUUGAUGAUCGAAUCAAGUCGACACAUGAGCUUGUCGUCAAUUGUCUGCACAUUAUCGGACGUUCGGGCCAAAAGCAAAAGUCAACAAAGAUACCUGCGACAAUCUCCGCACUGGGUUUUGCUUCCUUGUGACGUAGAAAUCUGUAGGAAAGAACAAGUACAAGAUGUACAAAUUACUGCGAUUGUAAGCUCGAUCGAUCUGCACCUUUCUGUUGGGACUAUAUGUACUUUUACGGAGAUCAUCAAUGAGGCAUUGAACUUCUUCAAAAGGUCUGACUACGAAUUGGCUUCUCACACGAUAACAAGAGAUUCCAGUUCGCAGAAUGAUCUUUGGUCGCCAAAACCCGUCUCCCACAUUCCCUAUAAGGAAACUGAGAAGGAUUUCUCGAGCCACUCUCUAGCUUCUUCUGAAUGUGAUAGUCAAAUAAGAGUUUUUGAACUGAAACCAGUAUCGAUUCAAGUGCAACUGGAAAUAGAGGAAACUGCGGAAAGAAUUUCGAUAAUAAAAGCAGAAUCGGAAAUCAGUGGAACUAUCAGUGACUGGGAUAGCAGCAAUUUCCAGAUGCAAUCUAGUUUGAAGCUUUAUGUCUAUUGUUAUAAUGUUAAUACUAAGACAUGGGAACCAUUCAUAGGCCUCUGUCCCACAAAUGACGGUCACUAUUUACCAUGGAUCCUGACAUUCAAAAUGUACCAAGAUGAAGCGUACUCCUUGAGUUCUUGGCUGAACUUCUCUCAACAACCGAUAAGAAAAAUUCUCCCAAAAAAAAGGAAACGGGAACUAGACAGUAGUGAAGAUGAAGCAAACGAGGAUAUGGUUUUUAUACCUCCCACUCAUGUUACGUCUUCGAAAAUUUCUGUAAAUUAUAAUUUCGAUUGCGAUGAUUCGGAUUCGGACAAUAAUAGUGAUUCAGAGAAGCUGGUGAAGACUUUUAGUCAUCUUUUUAAUAAAGACACAAGUGAUGAAGAAGGAAGCGAUUCUGAUGAGUCUAGUAAAUAUGAGGACGAAGGUUUGGAACUCACUCCCGAAUGUCUCGCAGAACCAAGUAAUGCUGUCAUUGAGACGCCAAUCAAGAGAAACGCUCGCGCCACUUAUUUUAUUAUUAGUGCAAAAGAUAGAGUUGAUUUUACUGUAUCGCCUAAUACAAUCUCACUGAUGGAAAUGAUUUACAGUACAUACUCAAAGAGGAAGUGCGAUAUUCCAAUAGUAGUCACUAAAAGUGGCAAGCUUAAUUUACAGAAUAAUAUUGGACAUGCAAGUACAAUCGAAUUUCUUAUCAAGGAAGAGGGAAAUUCUGAAAAACAAGCACGCCUGAUAGCAGCAAGAAGCUUCCACGAGUCAAAUUCUCCAGCCAGCGUUCCGAGUAGCCCGGAAAAUGAGCCAUUUUCUAAAAUCAUAAGCCCCACAAGUAUUGUUAAUAUUGAUUGUGAUCUUUCCGAUCAAAACGGAAUAUCUCAGGAUCGCACUUUGCAAAUGUUUUCACCAUUUGCUGAUGAAUCUUUAGUUAAUAUUUACAAGAAAAUCACAUCUGAACGUCUUCGUAUUAUGGUUGAAGGGUUCGAUGAUGUGCAAAUUUAUUGUCCAAAGAGAAGAGGAUGCAAUCAAGUGGCGCUGCACCCUUUAAAAGAUGGAAUUCGAUAUUAUCUAAUCGUAGAAAUGAUGAUUGAUACUCAUCUGCACAGGACUAUUUCGGUGCACUCACCUUUUCAGAUCCGUAAUGAAACCUCCUACGCAAUAGGCCUACACUACAAAAAGCAAUUAGCCGAAAAACUACAAAUAGCGCAGACAGGCCAGGCUUUGAAUCCAUUUGAUGACAAUAUGAGAAUGACAAUUAUCGAACCAGAUGAAACCUACAAUGUUCCUUUGUUUAUUGCUUAUCAUUUUCCAAUAUACGUGUUACCUGCAUACUUAGAUGAUAGAAAGUACGAAGUCAGUGAGGAAGGACUUUGUUGGAGAGAAUUGAGUGAUGAUUUAUAUGUUCCUAAAGAUAUUUAUUGUAAAGAAAAGGAAAAUGACUCUUCGGUUGUGUUUGGAGUAAAGGUGAUUUGCUCGAAGCGUCAAACCGGGAGUCAUACAAACAGUCAAGUUCCAGAGUACCUGAUAAGAAUGUUACCGCCUCUUAUAUUCGAAAAUAAGUUGCCUUUUGUGAUAGAUAUAAGCAUACCAUGUGUUGACUACGAAAUGAGAAUUGAACCAGGAGAGAGAACUAGCGUGUAUUGUAUAAAGUGCAACAGUGCUACACAGAUUAUUUUUAAGAUUCAAAACUACCUGGGCACUCAAUGGAGUGGGUCGUUUCAAUUAACGUCCAAUUUGGAGAAAAAGUGUGUAAAAAUGUUUAGCGAUAGUGAAUCAGAUUUUACGAAACCGUUUCUGUUGUGUGUUGAACUGAAUAGACUUACAAAUUGGGUUGUUGAUAUUUAUGCACAGUAUUGGAUUGUAAAUAAGACUGGCCUACCUCUCAGUAUCAGGGAAUCGCACAUGAAUGUGAUGUACGAGAUCCCGGAAAACGAGCUCGUUGUUUUCUCCCAGAAGGAAAAGAGAAGAAAACGAGUGAUAAAACUCAAAGCCCAACAAUCAGGAUGGUCUCCAUCCUUUAACCUGGACGGAAUAAGUUCAAUGUCCCUCAUCCUUUGCAAGGAUAUUGAGAGGCGAAGGAAAUAUCGCAUCCUUUCAGAAAGUUCAAUUUCCCACUUGGCUCCUGUUUUUACCAAAAUCGUCACCUUUUUGCCAUAUUUUUUCAUCAGUAACAAUACGAAAAAGGCUUUGAGGUUCAUGGAAGAAAAUGAGGAGGCUGAUUUGUGGAACGAUUUGCUUCCCGGGCAGGGGAUGGCCUUUUGGCCCUACACAGAAUCUAUGAAGAUGCGAGUCAAAUGGAAGAAUAGUCAACUAGUUUCUCAGCAUUUUGAUAUGACUGCAGUUGCCAAAACUGUACUUCGAAUGGAUAACGGGACGGCUUUGACCGUUCAUAUCGAAGGAGGAAGCAGUUCUCCUUUCAAAAUAACGUUUCAAAAGUUCCAAGAUGGAGAUGCGCCUGUAAGAGUAGACAAUCUCUGCAACGACCUGUUUUUGAAAAUCAAUCAAAUCAAUUUAGGACAAGCAACGCUUCUGAAUCCUUUACAGUGUUUACUCUAUACAUGGGAUGAUCCAACUAAAGACAGAAUGCUGAUGUGGAAUGUGUACAACAGUAAAACCAAAGGAUAUUUAGCUCAGUUCUCAAAGGACGGCUAUGGAGAGGAAACUGUAAUUUUUCGAACUUUGAAACGCUCUUCUACCUCACUUUCAAAGAAGCUCGUAUUAGAAGACAAAUUAUCUGUUUUGGGAGGCAGCAGCAAUGAGGACACAGACAGCGAUGCUGAAAUUGAAAUCCUAAAAUUGGACCAAGUACAAAAUAGUAAAUCUGUUGUUUACUGGGUGAGCUAUAUGGAAGGAGAACAGCGGGUUUUAAUGUUCACUCAGGACGAAAGUAUUUUCUUAAAAGUACGAAGCAUUGUUGAGCCAGAGGUUAGCGAGAAGGAAGUCUUCUUCGCCAUUUCUGGAAUUGGUCUCAGCCUCGUGGCAAAUUCGAACGAGGAAUGCAGAGAAUUGGCGUACGCCAGUGUAAUGGAUUCUGCAGCCCAUUGGGAGGUUUUCAUCGGGCAAAAGUGGAAAUCCCUGACGCUGGAAUUGAGCGCCUGGAUUGAAAACAAAUACGUCAAUGAUGCAAAGAAAGCUCAAUUUGAAAACUUCAUCGACAUUGAUCUCUCAAAAAUGUACAUGACCAAGCCCUUUUUUGGAAAACUGCGAAGAACCUACUCUCCAGGAAUAUGGCUCCACUAUAGAAACUCUGCGACCUUCACGUAUCUUCAAGGCCAUGUCCACAGAAUGCAGAUUGACAAUCAGUUGCAAGAAGUCUCGUUUCCGGUGAUGUUGCACACGUCUUCACAAAAGUCUCUGACCCGUGUGAUGGAGAACCGGAAACUGAAACACUUUGUGGAGUUUUGCUGUUUGAAACAAUACAAGGCUUCGUGCAACAUUUUUAAGGAAGUAAGUUUAAUUGUUCGAGAAUUCAGCUUAAAUCUGCAAGAGGACUUUUUGAAGUGUUUGAUAAACAAUCUGUUUCCGAAAAGACUGGAAACGAAACAUACUAUUGCUGUUAGAUUGCGAAAGGAUCUUUCCACUGUUCAUGUAACUCCCUUUUGCAACAAAGAAAAGAACAUUGAGAACCAAAAGACCGACAUUAUUGAGCAUCUCUACAUUUCACCGAUUACGAUACAUCUCAAGCUUUUGGCGAACACAAAUAGUUUCAAUGCCAAUCAAUCUAGCGAAGUAUCUGACUACUGCGCUUUUGUAAAGUGCAUGUAUGAUUAUGCUUGCAGAGGAGCUUUUGAGAAAAGUGCAGAAUUUAGGUUGCCUGCCUACGAAACAGACUGUCUGAAAAUAAAUAACAGACAAUGCUUCUCAAAUAUCUGGCACUAUUAUACUGGAAAAAUUUUGCAGCAAUUCAAUGUCCUAAUACUGUCAGUUACAGUCUUAGGCAAUCCGUACGGAUAUAAUUUCAAGUCACCUGAAGAAAGCACUUAUGAAUCAGAUUCUAUAAUGGUUUGCGAGGACGAAUUCGCAGAAAAAUUAAGCUACGACGUCUCGUGCAUUCUGGGACAUUCUACUUUGGAUACAAUGCAGACUUCUCAUUUUACUUUUCAAGAUACAGAAACCAACGCUUUUGCCGUAAAGGCAGUGAACUCUUACGUGGAAAAUAAGGAUGAACCUUUGUCGGUACUUUUGAUAAACAAUUCUUUCUCUGUCGACAUGGAACUGCAAAUUUCGGGUUUAAUCAUAAAGCCCACAGACAAGACACACCAAGAGGAGUUGAGGUGCUUUUUUAAAUCAAUUGGAAGAAGUCUGCUAAGGCUAACGAAGAAAGAAGGCUGUGCUUUCCAAACUUAUCCAGGACUUAUUAUGGAUACAAUCAAAAGAGCUCAGGAAAUGGGCUACAAAUUUGUAGCAAGAGCACGUCUGCCACGAUACAUCGACCCUUAUUCGGGCGUCGAACUCUACUCAUAUCACAAAGCGAAGGGCUUACACUUACUGAAUGUAAUAAAUAAAAAUUGCUACUCUCGAAAAGAUUCGUACUGGGCACAUUCAGCACUUUCUAACGAUGGAAAACACGUCGCUCUCGUAUCUUUGCGGAGAAUAUUUCUGAUUGAACACAGAAGUAUAGGGGAGCCUUGGAUUGUUGAAUGGAGCAUUGACAUCAAUCAACUUUCCGAACCACCUGUUGUUACUGGCAACAAGCUUGCUCUUCAUAUUAAUAAGGACGAGAAGCUGUCGCCCGUCGUCGACUGGUACUUGGAAAGUAAGGAAGCCCCAGUGCUGGAGUGGCUCUGUCGCAAAAUAAACAUCGCAAUGAUCCUAAACAUGGAGAGCAGUACUUGUCCUCGAGAUGAUGCAUAAAAUGUUAAAAACUCAACUAUGUCAGAUUGAUGUAUAUUUCAACUAAUUCUCUACAAUAAAUCUUAUUAAGAGAC